UUACAAACCUUGAACCAAAUCAAACAACCAAUCAUAAUAUCCUAACUCUCUCAACAAAAUCUUAAAUACUUCUCUCAUAUAUUCUCUCCCGGAUAGAAAACUAAAUAAAACAUUUUUUGUUAAUUAAUUGUUACGUACAAAUUAAUUAAUGGCGGAUUCCGACACCGACAACAACAACGAAUUAUCGGCAAGGGAACAAGAUAGGUUCCUCCCAAUUGCUAACGUAAGUAGGAUCAUGAAAAAAGCGUUGCCUGCUAAUGCAAAGAUAUCAAAAGAUGCUAAAGAAACAGUUCAAGAAUGUGUUUCCGAGUUUAUUAGUUUUAUAACGGGUGAAGCGUCAGACAAGUGUCAGCGUGAAAAGCGGAAAACUAUUAAUGGUGAUGAUUUGUUAUGGGCCAUGACUACUUUAAGUUUUGAAGAAUAUGUUGAGCCUUUGAAAGUUUAUUUAGCUAAAUAUCGUGAAAUGGAAGGCGAAAAAACAACUAUGGCUAGUGGUCGCGAAAAAGAUGGCUCAUCAGAUGGUGGUGGUGGCGGCGACGGAGGAAAUUCUGGUGGUUUUAGUGAUUAUGGUGGUAUGCAUGGGACUAAUAUAAUGAUGGGCCGAGUUCAACAACAUCAAAAUAUGUAUAAUUCGGGUUCAGGUUCGGGUUAUCAUAACCAAUCCGUGAAUUUUGGUAGAUCGGACAGCUUUGGUGGAAAUUCUAGGCAACCCUUAACAAUUCAGGAUACCACAUGACGCUCUUUGGUGCAAGUAGCCCAACCCCCGACAAUUUCACUCCUCUUAUACUAGACAUCUUAUUAGUUGACAGUGACUUUUCUAAAACUUUGUUUUAACUCUAUAACGAACAUAUAUUUUGGCAGAGUGAGCAAAGUCCUGUGCGAUAAGACGUGGUUUGGCUACUUGCGAUACUUUGUUCAACCUCGAUAUUGAAAUACCUAUACGGCUUCCUAGUGUAGCAUGACUUAGUCUUGGACUAUUUCGUGUAUAUAGACUUAUCUAAUUAAGUAGAAAAUUAAAUGUUAUAUAUAUUUGAUGGUUUUGAGCAGAUAUGAUGCGUAUGGAUAUUUCCAGUUUGGGUUACGAUUUCCUUAAUUUGGCAGCCAAAUUAACUUCA